AUGUCUCCGCCUCCCUGGCAUUGCAUUCUCCGCAUCUUCUUCAGGAACCUCUACUCGUCUGAUCUUGCGCUGUGUUGUGCCCCAAGAGCCCCCAAGAUGCUUCGCCCGAGCGUGGCCAAGAUACAUGCGUCGACCAAGGCCGUCGUCAGCACGACGGGGCCGGCCCUCAGCCGGCCGGCGAGCGCCGUCGCCUCGGCGGCGACUGCACCCAGCAAGCCCUCCUCCUCCAAGAAAGAGGGCGACAUCUCGGACGCGUUUGUGUCGCUGUCCGGAGCGAAGAGGGAUCCCCUCCCGGACCGGUUCCGCCGGCUCAAGUGCGACCUCGUCCGCGGCAGGGAGGCCCGGGUCGUCGACAGCUGGACCCGCCUCCUGCGCCGGCUCCGGACGGAAAACGACCUCAUCGCGGACAAGGGGUCCGACGUCAUCCCGCAGGUCGAGUUUGCGGAUCUCGAGGGCGGGUGCCGCAAGCUCCAGGGCGAGAUCAAGAAGCGAGGCGCCCUCGUCGUCCGGGGCGUGAUCCCCGAGGCCGAGGCGCGGGCGUACAAGGAAGAGGUGGAGGACUACGUGAGGAAGAACCCGCACACCCGGGCGUUCCCGCCCAACGACCCGCAAGUGUACGAGCUGUACUGGUCGGGCCCGCAGCUCAAGGCGCGGUCGCACCCGUCGCUGCUGCGCGUGCAGCGGCACCUCAUGUCGUCGGUGUGGCACACGUCGGCGGCGGACGCGCGCAUCUCGCUCGCCAACCCGCUCACGUACGCGGACCGGCUGCGGAUCCGGCAGCCGGGGGACGCGAGCUUCGCGCUGGGCCCGCACAUGGACGGCGGCAGCGUCGAGCGGUGGGAGCCCGGCGGCUACGGGCUGGGCGGCGUGUACGACCGCGUGCUGGCGGGCGACUGGGAGGGCUACGACCCGUGGGACGCGAGCGGGCGCGUCGCCGCUGUGAGCAACCUCUACGACGGGCUGGGCGCGUGCUCCAUGUUCCGCAUGUGGCAGGGCUGGAUGAGCAUGAGCCGCGCCGCGCCGGGCGAGGGCACGCUGCUGGUGAACCCGCUCAUGCACAUGGCCACGGCGUACGUGCUGCUGCGGCCCUUCUUCCGCGCCGUGGACCCGGCCAAGGAGGGCACGGCGCUGCUCGACGAGGCCAACUGGGCGUUUACCGGCGGCGACGACAUGACGAGCGACCUGCAGGGGGCGUCGCCCGGCCACGGCCAGGAGCUGACCGAGGAGCUGCACCCGCACCUGGAGCUGGCGCGGACCAUGGUGCACGUCCCGGAGAUCAAGCCCGGCGAUUUCGUCGCCUGGCACUGCGACACAAUCCACUCGGUGGACAAGGUGCACGCCGGCUCGUCCGACUCGAGCGUGCUCUACAUCCCCGUGUGCCCGGUGACGGACAUCAACGCCGAGUACGCGGCGCGGCAGCGGGCGGCGUUCCGGGCGGGGACCCCGGGGCCCGACUUCCCCGGCGGCGAGGGCGAGAGCCGGCACGUCGGCCGGCCGUCCGAGGCGGCGCUCCGGGGGUGGACCGACGGCGCGGGCAGGCAGGCGUUUGGGCUGGAGCGGCUCGCGGCGAGGGAGGGCGCGCUGCCGGGCGAGCGCGAGGUCGUGGCGCGGGCGAAUGCCAUCCUGGGGUUUUGA